AUGACAUCCUUAGAUCAAUUUGUUGGAAAUAUUCGACAAUUAUCAAUAGAUGGUAAAUUUAGUGAUUUAGCACAAACAUUAACAAAUCCAAAUAUUGAUCAUCUUAGUAAAAAUAUUCAACAUAUUGAUUCAAUUAUUGCUACUUUUACUUUACCUGAACAUUCAAUGUGUAUGUUAGCUGGUUUACAUGCAAUUACAAAAGCACCAAAUAUACCUGAUUUUGAUUUAUUUUUUACACAAGUUGAUACAUUUAUUCAAACAUGUUCAGCUGAACAAGUUCAUUAUUUACCUCAAUAUCUAUGUGAAAUAUGUUAUGUUAUUACAGAACGACUUCGAAAAGAAAAUCGAGCUCGAGUUGGAAUACCAAUUAUUUAUCGAGCUAUUGAAUUACUUCGUCGUGAACCUGGCCAAUUACUUUCUAUACAUUCUGAUCUCUAUCAACUUUGUCUUCUUUGUCAAUGGUUUGAACCAGCAUUAACUUAUCUUGAUAUUGAUAUAAUUGAUAUUAAUCGUGAAAAUGGAAAAUUUGAUGUUAAACAUCUUUUACUUGCUUAUUAUUAUGGUGGAAUGAUUUAUGCUUGUAUAAAACAAUUUGAUCGUGCUGCAAAUUUUUUUGAGAAUGUUAUUACUGUACCAGCUACAGCAACAUCAGCUAUUGUUAUAGAAGCUUAUAAAAAAUAUGUUCUAGUUAAAUUAAUAUCUGGUUCAAUAUCAAAUAAUCAACUACCAACAUAUACAAGUCGAACAGUUCAACAAGCAAUAAAAAGUUUAUGUGGUGCACAAUAUACAGAAUUAUUUUAUAUAUUUAAUAAUGGUACAUUAACACAAUUUGAUGAAUUUGUUAAUCAUCAUCGAGAACAAUAUGCACGUGAUAGAAAUUUAGGUUUAAUAAAACAAACACGAAAUGCAUUUAUAUGUAAUAGUAUACAACAAUUAACAAAAACAUUUUUAACUGUCUCAUUAAAAGAUCUUGCUAAGGGAACAUUUCAAAAUGUUUGCCGUUCGGCCGGCCACUCUGCCGUUCAGCUGCUCGGACGCUAUGCCGCUCUGUCGCUAUGCCUCUCUGCCGUUCUCAUACCGCUCCGCCGUUCAGCCGCUAUGCCGCACUGCCGUUCUCAUGCCGCGGCAUAACAGCACAACACAUUUUUUUUUAAUUACCUUUUGAUAGAUUAAUUGUAUCCUUUGAUGUAUGUAUACGUAUACAUCAUGUAUAUUGUUCUAUUUCUAUUCAAUAUUCUUUAGCUCUAGACUAUUCAUUUUCUCCAAAAAUAAUGAAUAUUUUAAUUCGUGAUAAGACUUUC